UUCUCGAUGAAAAUUGGUCGGCUUUUGAAGAGCAGGCAGUGUUUAUCACGAAAAAUGGUAUUGCUUUUGAUGCUGAGCUGGCAGCGGAACUUGUUUAUGUAGUGCAGCCACAGCUAGUGAAGCAGUGCCCAGGCCUCGGCGAGACAUUCUGCGCAUUCCUGGAGGACGUUACAGCAAAUCUAUUUAGUGUAAUUUCCUAUAAUUAGAUAGUGACACAGGUGUCGCAAUUACUUCACUGGUUAUCACAUAGGGAGAGGCCCUGGUCAACUGCCAGACUUUCACUGAGCAUUCUCACCUGCCGCGACUGGUCAUCAAUAUGUCCACCCAGAGGUGCCCUCACUGUGGACGAGAGUUCAAGGAGCUGCGCCUGCAUCUCCUUCGCAACCCCUAUGGCUGCAAGGGUGUUAUCGAGUCAACGCUGCCUGGCUGCUGCGUUGCCGGUGGAGACGUCGCCAACAAUGAUAAAUUAUUCACAGACAAUGAGCCAGUGGUGAAUGUGGAAUGCAGGCAGAGUGUUCCUCUUGACGAGCCAUCAAUUGGCACGUUCGAGAUGGGCGUCUCAUACCUUGACCACCUAGACAAGUAUGCAGAGGCAAAUAGUGAAAAGCCACCUGAGAAAAGUUUGUCUUCAGAGGUGGAGACCUUCCUCGCGGCGAACCUCUCGGGUUGCAAGCUCCAGGAGUUUUUGCGCCUGUUCAAGCAGUUUCCAGGCGAGGGCAAGGAUAGCCUGUCCU